GCCGCCCUCCGGAUAUCGUCGUUCAGCAUCAUGAGAUUCCUCUUUUUGAUCCUCGCCAUAACACCCGCGCUAGGAACGGAAUUCCAAAGCCACAUCCGGGAACGAAGACAAAAUCAUGUACAGCAAGGUAAUUACCGAAAUUACAAUCAAGCGCCGGCGUCGAUCAGGCAGAUAUUGGCGGCUCAGCAGGCUCGCGAUCCGAUCGUACAUCUUCCACCGCAGCCGAUACCGAAUUUGGGACCUAGCAAACCUAUCGAGCCUCAAUACGUAAAUCAGGCCCAGCUGAGUCAGUAUCGGCCGAAAGUACAGAUCGGUCAACAACCUGAGCAGCCGACCUACAAACAGAUUCCCGUAAGACCGGCUCAAUACAAUCCACCGGCCUCCGCCCAACAGCAAUACAAUCCACCACCGGCCCCCGCUCAACAGCAAUACAAUCCGCAAUACCGCACUAAUUACGCGCCGCAGCCACAGCCGCUGCCGCAGCAGCAAGGCGCUCAACCUAAUUAUCAAUAUUCCAGAAAUCUGCCACCGCAACUUCAGCAGCUUGUGCAGCUCCAGCAGAAUUUGCCUAACGCGAUUCCGCAGGGACAACAUCACGGAUAAUUGUCCGUCUCAAGUUAAGGCAUCAAAGCGAUGAUAUCAGUAUAUAUCGUUCCACUUUCAUAAGAUCAUAUCAUUUCUCAUGUAUCCAUUUCAUUCAUUUGUCAUAACAUGUUCGUAAUCAUCGAUAGUGAAACGCAAAAUGCGUGAGGGGUACAUAUUUCGUAGCUGUUAUUCGCAUUCGUAAAUAUUUUUUUAUAAAUGAUAUGUGCCUUAAAUUAUGUUGAGACAGGUAUAUUAAAUAUAAAUUUAAGAUAAAUAUAAAUGUAAUAGUUUUUUUAUCUUAAUAAUUUUAGAAGAGAGUCAAUCUCUGUAAAAAAAAUUAUUUCUCUGUAUCUAAUCUCUA